UCCGUUUCCAUCCAACCAGCUUAUUACAGCUCGCAGCCCUUUCAACCAAGACCACAGCUAAACCACACCUUUCGCUCAACCGCACAGUACAGCAUCCUCUUUCCCGACAACGGCAACAGCUAUAAGAAAAACCGAGGUCGAGAGUAUCUAUUCAACACCCUUUCCUCCAUCAUCUUUGUAUCCUAUCUUCUCCAAUAAUCGCACCGCGCAGUGAGCGGCUCAUUCAGUGACAAGACCUACUCUUGAGGGCCGCUAACCACCGCCCACUGUUAAUUUUCCUCCUCAACUGCGAGUGCGACCAUUCUACGCGUCGGAUCUUUUAUAUAUAUUUCUUGAGCAUUACUUUAUUAGUCGGCGGCUUUUUGGAAGCCACUUUGAAGUUUGAAAGAGACGGAGUUGUCCGUGACGAACAACAUUCAGCAGUCCCUCAAACGCCAUCUCGUCCAAACAUUCUUUUCUGUCCGCCUUUAUUAUCCUUAAAACAAUCCCCUCCUUAUCCGUAUUACCACUUACAAGCCACUUGGAAUCUUCUUUUGCGUAGAUCGCAACUGCGGACCAUCCAUUAGAACAUCAAUUAAAAAAAGUUUUCCCUUCCACCCGCGUCGAUCCGAUUUCCAUCAGUUUACAGACAACGCCGUCCAGGUAGACGAUUAAAGAGCUCAUUCUCUUCUUUUAUUGAAGCUAGACUUCAGGCAGCUCUCUACUGGUCGCAGGUUCGACUAUCGCUAGAGUACUACCACAGACACUCGUCUAUCCAACUCACUUUUGCCAAAAUGUCUUUCUUUGAAACCGAAUUCUCUCUUCUCGAUCCAAGCUCUCAGUUCGACGAGUCCAAUUUCCUCUCAUUCUCCUCUCUUAUUGAGCUUUGUCCUCCUACCCUCGACUCCAAUAAUCUCAACGCAAAGGUGGUUAACAGCAAUCGCUCGUCCAGCACCUCCUCACCAUCCCUUUCAGAACCUUCCGAUGUGCUCAAUGACGACUUUCAGCCUUCAACGCCAAAAUGCGGGCAGGUUGGAAUCUUCCAUACCCCACCCAAGAGUACCAAUGACUAUGAGGAGUGUGAUUUAUUCACUCCAGAGCAUACAUUAUCCAGCCCAAUGGAUGCUUUCAUCACUCCUAUCAAGUCUUCAAAGUCAAGUGUAAGCGGCUAUGACCAAUAUGGCUACAUCACUCCCGCCGAUAGCAUCUUCCUCUCUUCUACUCGCUCAAACUUUCCUUGGGAUGAUGUCUCCUCCAACUUAUCAGGUGCUACCUACCAAACUCCCUCUGUGACUCCUAGAGCAAUGCGAGUGGCAUCCAAUCCCACUCUUGACGCCCCUCGUAAUCCCCGCUUUGUAAAGCAAGUCGUCUCCAUGCCUUUGCUCAAGGAAGAACCUUUGAAUACGGAGAGCGACUGGGACAACUCCAAGAGUUUUGUUAUGGAUGAGCAGCAGGGGAUGGAUGUCGGUUUUGUGAGUAGCAGAGCGCCAGUCAAUGGCUUUGACAACGUGUUUGGUGGUUUCAACACUGGUGAAAAUGGCGUCAACACCGCCGCCAGUAUCUUGACUUUCCAAUCGCCAGAAAGCCUUGACUCGUCCACUCAAUACACAACUAACACAGUGGACAUCCAAUCUAUUCCCUCUUCUUCCUCUUCGAUGCCAAUGUUGUCGUGGCAACCUCAGACCUCGACAAUGCAGGAUCAUGUCGGUCUAUUUCCUGCGAUCGAGAUUUCUCAGCCAGACACCCAUGUGGCUGGACCCAUAGGUGAUUUUACCAUAAAUCCAAAGGCAGUCAUGUGUUCGAAUGAAGGCGAGUCUCUAGUGAGGCCUUCGACUGCUCCAGGAUUCCGAGACCAAGAAACAACGGUACCUCUGGGACCUCCGAUAUCUGAACCUAUGAACAGAAGUCUCUCUGCUGGUAGCUACAAGACAUCAAAGAACGGUCCUCUUCGGGAUUUGUUCUCAUAUGCUCCACAGCAAUUGCCGACGGGCACUCCCGGUCUUCGACCUCUCUACACCUGUGAACCCUCGCCUUUAUUCACACACGCUGAUUCAUCAAAUUAUCCUCGUGUUAUGCCAGCUACUCCUACGCCUAAACCAACGCGAACGGGUAACUCCUUGUUCACGCCGACUCGGGUAGUCAGCGGACAGGGUUUGGGUUCCUCAACUUUCCCUCCUACCCCCGACUCUCCUGGAUUCCCCUUUACACCUCCCUCUUCUACGACCGCUCCACCUAUGCUGCGAAUUGGGAGUAAUCCGUUGCCAAUGUCUCUUCGCAAGAUGCGUUCUCUGACUACGAACUCGGCGUUUCCUUCUCGUCCUUCAACUUUACCUGUGUGUGCUGAAGAAGAUGAGAAUGAAAUGGCAACGAAGUCACGCAAGCGUGUUAGGCGAUUGAGCAUCACCGAAGCGGACGAUUUCCAAGAACAUCAAACCAAGAUCCCCAAGGUGAACGACCCACCACUCUUCUCUUCCCUCCCCCAAUUAAUCCCCGGUGUUGCCCCAGUCACAGCGGUUUCCGGUCCCCUCAUCCCUACAACUUCAUCUGUUACCAUCCAUCCUCCUCCCAUGCACUACCCUGUCUCCAACGGUAUGCCCUCUACACCUCACCGUGUACACCCUCCUCCUCAUCCCGGUACAGAUUCACGACCUAUCGCUCGUUUUCCCUCACCUUCCAAGCGAAAUGUUUUUUCUACAUUACCUGUUACUCCCAAAGCUACACCACUUGCCAAGGGCGCGAGAUCGCCCUCAAGUAAGCUCAAAACUCCUUCCUCUCCUCAGAGAGUGUCGUCUUUUGGCGGAAUGACUUUCGUCAACUUUACCAGCGACGACGCAGAUGUCUUGUUGUCCGGAGUUGCCCGCAGUGGGACUUCUGGGAAAAAGAAGAGAGACAGAGAGGAUUCUGGAGAUGAGCAUCUGUCCAAGAGACCCAGGAGCAGAAGUGACGAUGAGUAAACGCGCUACGAGACGGAUCAGUUCAAUAUCAAAUUUUAUCCCAUAUUUGAUGAUUACAUACACUCUUGUUAUUACGCUUUUUCUCAUAGUAAUAUCUAGUAGUUUCAUGAUCGCGAUCAAGUGGAAAUUUGAUUCAGUAUGCAUAGGACACAUUUUAG